AUGGUUGAAAUGGCUUCUCGGCCCUCUAAGCGGCGGAAGCUAACACCUCCACCCUCAGAUGAUGACCAUGCAUCCACGGCCAAAGUCCAAAAGGCGUUCUUCAAGAAUGCGGCGAGUUGGAAUCUCGAGCAAGACUAUGAGAAUCGACCAAGAAAAGGCAAGAAGGACAAGGAAAGCAGCAGGCUUCCGAUCAAGACAGCAGACGGUCAUAUUCAGCAUGUAGCACCUCUUCGAGAUGAUGUUGUCUCUAUAGACAGUGAUGCCGAGUGGCUCGAGGGCGGCGAGGAGGAUGUUGACGAGCCAGAGACGGACGAAAAACCCCAGGAGCAACCGAAAAUUCCAGAACGGGAGCAGAUCCUAAGGGCACAGGAGGAAUUAGCCAAGAUUGGCUCGCAGUUAAACGAGGAGCCAGAGGAGAAUCCCGGCGCUUUCAAGGCUUUGGCCAAACUUGGAGAAUCAAAUAUUCCGGCCAUCAAAAAGCUAUGUCUUGCAACCCAGAUGGCUGUCUACAAAGAUGUCAUUCCAAUGUACAGAAUACGGCCGCAAUCGGAAGACGUCUCGGGGGAGAAACUUUCCAAAGAGGUCCGCAGAGUUCGCGCCUAUGAGCAGGCACUUGUCUUCGGCUAUCAGGCAUAUAUCAAAGAGUUGGCCAAACUUGUGAAGGUCUCCAGAGGCGACAAAAUGGCACAGAGCAUAGCAAGCGUUGCCAUCACUUGUGCUUGCAAUCUCCUGAAAGCAGUUCCCCACUUCAACUUCAGAGGUGACCUCCUACGAAUUUUAGUAGGCAAACUCAGUCAUCGACGGGUUGAUGAAGACUUUGUCAAAUGUCGGGAGGCCUUGGAGAUUCUGUUCCGGGAAGAUGAGGACGGAGGAUCAUCUAUGGAGGCCGUUUCGCUAUUAUCAAAAAUGAUAAAAGCUCGAGACUAUGAGGUUGACGAAAGCGUUCUCAACACGUUCCUCCACCUCCGACUUUUGUCUGAAUUAUCGAGCAGGGCAACGAACGAUGAUGAGGACCAGCACCCCACUGGUUCGAACGGAAAGAGGCUCAAGCAAAAAAGGGAGUUUCGGACGAAGCGGGCGCGAAAGCAGUUGAAAGAGCAAAAAGCGCUCGCCAAGGAUAUGGCCACAGCAGAUGCCAUGGUCAGCUACGAGGAACGUGAUCGCAACCAGUCCGAGACGCUGAAGUUGGUAUUUGCCACAUACUUUCGCAUCCUAAAAGCAAGAUCACCUCAUCUAAUGGGUGCUGUCCUCGAAGGACUCGCGAAAUACUCUCACUUGAUUAAUCAAGACUUCUUCGGCGAUCUUCUAGAGGCUCUCAAGGACUUGAUCCGUCACAGCGACGAGGAUGCUGAGGAGACUGAGGAAGCGGAUGAUGACGAGGAAGAUGACAACCUGACCGCCGUUCGGAAUCCAAGCCGUGAAGCACUACUCUGCACUGUGACUGCAUUUGCUCUCCUUGCAGGCCAGGAUGCACACAACGCACGUACAGACUUGCAUCUGGAUUUGUCUUACUUCACGACUCAUCUGUUCAGAAGCCUGCUUCCCUUGUCUGUCGAUGCAGAUUUGGAACUUGGCGCGAAGUCAUUACAUCUUCCGGAUCCAGAUAGCCCGGAGGCUGCCCAGCGAAGAUCGAACAAGGUCAACAUUCAGACGAUGACCGUCCUCUUGGUCAGAUGUCUAACUGCGGUAUUGCUACCCCCAUGGAAUAUCCGCUCCGUUCCCCCCUUGCGUUUGGCCGCCUUCACCAAGCAGCUGAUGUCCAUUGCACUACAUAUGCCAGAGAAGUCAUGUCAGGCCGUCCUAGCUCUGGUCAACGACGUGACACAUACACAUGGCAAGAAAAUUGGGGCACUUUGGAAUACAGAGGAGAGGAAAGGGGAUGGAACGUACAAUCCUUUGAGCGAUUCUGUCGAAGGAAGCAAUCCAUUUGCCACAACCGUCUGGGAAGGCGAAAUUUUGAGAAGGCAUUAUUGUCCCAAGGUCAGGGAAGGCGUCAAAAUCCUAGAAAAGAGCAUUGGUAGCAUUUAG